AUGGCACAGGAAGAAAUGGAAGUGGAUCUUCAGCCAGCAGUUACUUAUUCUGUGGAGCACCAUGAGGCAUUUCCCUCAGAGGCCUCUGGUCAUGCUCUACUGUCACUGCCAUCCAACUCUCCAGUGCCCAGUGAAGAGGCAGAAGGCAUUGUGGUUCCUCCUGUUGACGAAGAAGUCAUUGUGGUCUCCGGUGCUGAUGAAGCAGUGACAGUUGCUGAGUCUGACCCCCAGUUGCAUGCUGCCCCUACCCUGGAUGGACUGCAAAGGCUGCAUGGGGUAUUGGAGCUGUUUCGACUACAGGCUGCACAACAGAUCACACGACAGCCACCAACAAGGAGAACUCGCCGGCGACAAAGAGGUGGUGGAUCCCAGAGGACAAUCAGUACCAGGCCCAGGGCACCACUGGAUAGUUAUUUCAUGGUCAACAGGACCCAAGGGUCAACAACAGCAGCAUUUCCACCACUGGAGACUUUGCAUCUUCCAGUUGGCAACAGUGGUCACAGCUCAGAUGAGACCUUGGAGCUGAGCGACUCUGACAGCAGCAGCUCCACUGAGGAGGAGGAUGUGGCAGUACCCCAAGAGGAGGCACCCAUAGCUGCCAGUUUGGGAGUUUCUGAUCAGGUCCAACCAGAGCCCCCUCAGCCUGUGCCUUCCUCUGCAGAGCAUGAAGGUCGUGAUGCUGAAGAAGCUGAAGUCCAGCACAAACAGAGAACUCCACUAAAGAAACCUGAUGUGACAGUCCCCACUGUACCGUUGGAUGAGGAAGAAGGGGACAUCUGUGCCAUCUGCUUUGAGCAAUGGACUAAUGCUGGGGAGCACCGGCUCUCAGCGUUGCGGUGUGGACACCUGUUUGGAUACACUUGCAUCGUAAGGUGGCUCAAGGGACAGGCAGGGAAAUGCCCUCAGUGCAAUAAGAAGGCAAAGCGUUCUGACGUAGUGGUCCUGUAUGCCCGUACUUUGAAAGCACUGGACACCAGUGAACAGGAGCGCAUGAAAAGCUCUUUAGAAAAGGAGCAGAUGUUGCGGAGACAGGCGGAAUUGGAAUCCGCACAGAGCCGUCUCCAGCUGCAGGUCUUGACAGAUGAAUGCAGUAAACUUCGCAAGCAAAUUCAGGAGCUGAAAGCACUGAUGGCCCAGCACACCACUAGCGCCUCUCAGCAACCUGGCAGCUCCCGUUCCUGUUUCCCAGGCUGUCUCUCCUCCAGUCAGAGCCAGCACAAAUACCACUUUGAGAAGGCCUUCCUGGUUUCUCAGUCAGGGAGCUGCCGGGUUAUGGCUUACUGUGACUCACUGAGCUGUCUUGUGGUGUCACAGCCCUCUCCGCAGACUACACUUAUUCCUGGUUGUGGCGUUAAGAUGAUGAGUGCUGCCAACCUGAAGAGCAGUCAGUACAUUCCCAUCCACAGUAAGCAGAUCCGGGGACUGGCCUUCAGUAAUCGAACAGAUGGCUUGCUGUUGUCUGCUGCUUUGGACCACACGCUCAAACUUACCAGUUUGACAACAAAUACUGUGGUGCAGUCAUACAAUGCCGGCCGCCCUGUGUGGAGCUGCUGCUGGUGCCUUGAUGAUACCAAUUAUAUCUAUGCUGGGCUUGUCAAUGGCUCUAUCCUGGUGUAUGAUCUAAGGGACACAAGCUCUCAUGUCCAGGAACUAGCCCCUCAGAAGUCCAGGUGUCCUGUGGUGUCCCUGUCCUACCUGCCCCGAAUGGCCUCCACCACACUGCCAUACGGUGGAGUAGUAGCUGGGACCUUAGAAGGAGGCUGCUUUUGGGAACAGAAGGCCAGCAACUCCUACCGGCCUCACCAUCUACCUCUAGAGCCCGGAGGCUGUAUCGAUAUUCAGACUGAAAUCAGCACUCGGCACUGCCUUGCAACUUACAGGCCUAAUAAGAGCAACAAUUGCCUGCAUUGUGUGGUGAUGGAACUGUCCUGUAGCCAACUGAUGGAUGCAUCUGUCGACAUGAUCUGCUCCUGUCACCCAGUUCAGACAUUCAGUGCUGGGCCCACCUGCAAACUGCUGACCAAAAAUGCCAUCUUUCAGAGUCCAGAGGAGGAUGGCAGCAUCUUGGUGUGCGCUGGCGAUGAGGCCUCAAACUCUGCCAUGGUAUGGGAUGCUGGAAGUGGCUCCUUACUGCAGAAGCUACAGACUGACCUACCUGUGCUGGACAUCUGCCCCUUCACGGUGAACCGCACUAACUUCCUGGCCACUCUCACUGAGAAGAUGGUGAAGUUCUACAAGUGGGAGUGA